CCACGAGUGGAACUUCCGCCGAGCACAUCAAAAUAAAAGUCUACAGGGACCUUUUUCAUUAGGAGAUCGCAGCACAUAAACAUAAAAUGAUAUCUGUCUUCUUCUCCUUCAGGGUCUCCACAGCCAAUCAGCUUCCUCCGUCUGUCUCCUGCAUCCUGUACCAGCAGCUACCCUCAUGUCUUCAUCUCUGGAUCCAGAAUCCUCCUCUCUGGUCUUCCUCUACACUCAGCAUCCUUCAGUCUCUCCUCUGGACAUCUCAUCCCAACCAUCUCAGACUGACUGGAUCUCCAGAACCAGAACAUGUUCUGUCCCUCUGAUGUCCUCAUUCCUGAUCCAUCCUGAACCUCAGCAUCUUCAUCUCUGCUUCCUGUCUUCCUCAGUGUCUCUAGGAAACAACAUGGAUGCUCUCUCCACACUUAUCUCCACCUUUCCUUUCAUUUCAGCUCAAACUCUUUUCUGACACUUUUCUCCAUCCAUUCCAACCUUCCUUCUUCUUCACUUCUUUUCCACUCUCUCUGUUCCUCUGGACUGCUGAUCCUUCAGAUCCUCCUUUCUUGAUCUCUUCUCACUUUAACCUCACUCUUCCUCUCAUCACACACGGCCUUUACCCCCCAGACCCUCAGCAAACCAUCAUCAGCUGCUUAAGACGGACUCAGGUCCGGACCACACAUUUAUCUCUGUUGUCUCUUUGGUUUUCUGUCUGGACCCAACUCUGGGAUCAUCUUCAUCCUUUGGAGGAUGACCACCAUUCAGACGGCUCCGGAUUCCUCCACUUUCCUAAAAAGGAACGGUUUGGGCCACUUCCUUCUCUUUACGGUGACACUACGUCUGUGUAGGAGUGAAGUCCAAAGACAAUAAAAGCUGGACCUCCACACCCAUCUACUCUCAUGUUUACCCAACCUCUGAUCAGGUUGGACUUUGGACCUGCUGCUGCAGAAAAACCAGUGUCUCCUCUUCAGCCAGGAUGAAGCUCGCCACAGUGUCUCUGUUUUCCUCCGGCCUGCUGCUUGCUGUCUUCUCGACUGCAGCUCAUGGCGGUAAAGUUCUGGCGUUUCCAGGCGAGUACAGCCACUGGCUGAACAUGCGGACUAUCAUCGAGGAGCUCGUGAGGAGGAACCACUCCAUCACCGUCCUGGUGCCAGAUGCUUCACCGUCUGUCAACUACAACAACAGCAGAGACGCCGCCAAGUUUGACUUCCUGGUGUUCAAGGUUCCCUUCUCUCGCUCAGACUGUGUCAGCAUGAUGCAGGAAUUUAUGGACUUCUCCAUGUACGAGAUGCACAGCUCCUCACUGCUGCAGGUCUUCUGGAGGAUGAGCUACUUCAUGCAGCGGUCCUCGGACCUGGGCAUGCAGCAGUGUGACGCCAUGCUGAAAAACCAGCAGCUCAUGGCGACUCUGCGGGACGCUUCUUAUGAUGUGGUCCUGGUGGACCCGCUGGUCAUGUGUGGAGACUUGGUGGCGGAUCUGCUUGGGGUUCCGCUCAUCCUCUCCUUGCGCUUUAGCUUUGGCAGCACCUUGGAGCGGCACUGCGGCCACGCCCCGUUCCCACCCUCCUUCGUCCCGACGGCUCCGCUGCCGUACAGCGACCAUAUGUCAUUUGUGCAGAGGCUGACCAACACGCUGAUGACUGUGUCCAUGUCGGUGCUGCACGAGGCGCUCUGGAGGCUGAAGCUGGACCCAUACUACACAGAGGUCAAAGGAAGUCCCAGUAGCUACUGCGGCACCUUUGGGAAGGCCGACAUCUGGCUGAUCAGGACUUUCUGGGACCUUGAGACGCCACGGCCCUCCCCACCCAACUUCAAAUUUGUGGGUGGUCUGCACUGCAAGCCAGCCAAUCAGCUGCCAGAAGAAAUGGAGGCAUUUGUGCAGAGCUCUGGUAACGCUGGUGUGGUGGUGGUCACCUUUGGCUCCAUGGUGACCAACCUAACAGCAGAGCGAGCCGAAGUCAUCGCAUCUGCACUUGGUCGGAUACCUCAAAAGGUCAUUUGGCGUUACUGUGGACAUCGACCUGCAACGCUGGCGCCCAACACGAAGCUUUAUGACUGGAUCCCACAGAACGACCUUCUGGGUCAUUCACGGACGCGAGCAUUUGUGACUCAUGGCGGCACUAACGGUCUGUAUGAGGCCCUGUUUCACGGCGUGCCGGUGGUAGGCGUGCCACUUUUUGGAGAUCAGCCAGACAACCUCGCCCGAAUCAGUCGACAUGGUGCUGCUCUGGUCCUCAACUUCAACAGCAUGACAGCCGAUGACCUGACGGAGGCGCUGCAGGCCGUUAUCAACCAGCCCAGCUUCAGGACCAGCAUGCAGCGCCUGUCGGCUAUUCAACGCAACCAGCCGGUGGCGCCGCUGAGCACCGCCGUCUUCUGGGUGGAGUUUGUGAUGAGACACGGCGGAGCCAAACACCUGCGGCUGGCGUCACAUGACCUGACCUGGAUCCAGUACUACAGCCUGGACACGGGGGCAACGCUGCUGCUUGGCCUGCUGACCCUGGGGGCCGUCAGUUGGGCGGGGCUUCUCCACAUCCUUCAGCGAUGCAGACGGCGAGAACGCAGAGAGAAGAAGGACUGAGGGAUGUUUUAGCGAUAAAGUUGAUGAAUGAAGAUGAUGGUCUUGAUGAGAAUUAAAAAUGCAAAGAAUGACA